GACAGCCUCUUUUCUACACCCACCCGUGAAAGAAAAGACUUCAGCUUAUAAAAAAAAACUUGCAUAUUCUUCUUCUUACAAACAAAGUAACUAACGGAGGCCAUUCAUGGAGAACUCUCAAAUUCUAUGAAGGUGUUGUUAGAAAGGAUUGUUUCUGCUCUACGCUUCGACAACUACUUGAGCAUGAGUAGUAGCCUUUCACUCAUGAAAAAGCUUCAGAAAACACUGCUGGAUCUUCAAGAUGUACUAUAUCAUGCUAACAAGAAACUCAUCCCCACUCAAGCUAACAACAGAUCGCUGGAUUUGCUCAAACGUGUUGUUUUUCAAGUUUCCAAUUUGCUUGACGAAAGCGAUUUUUUACGGUAUGCUACCAUACUUACUGCGAAUCAGCUCAAAAUUUAUUAUCGAUUAAGUUUUUUAAUUGCACUGAUCAAGUCUAAAACGGAAAAUCUAAUUCAAAUAUUACAAGGCUUAAGUUCAGGUGACGAUGAAUCUUCUAUAUAUGGAAGAGAGGCCGAUAUAAAAAAACUUGAACGUCUUUUGUUGUCUAGUGAUAGUGAUAGUGAAAGUAAAAUAAGAGUGAUUUCCAUGGUAGGUAUGGGAGGGAUUGGCAAAACAGCUCUUGCCAAACACCUUUACAAUGAUCCUCAAGUUAAGGCCAAAUUUGAGUUAAAAUUGUGGGCCGAUUUCUCAAAUGAGGUAGAUGAUUUCAGUGUUUUUGAAACCAUUCUUGAAUCUAUUACUACUUCACAAACAACCAUUUACCCAAUUUUUUUGCUAGUAUUGGACGGUGUGUGGGAUGCAAGAUCUAUCAAUUGGACAUUACUGAUGGAUAUCUUUAAUGCUGGGGAAUCGGGAAGUAAGAUCAUUGUCACAACAAGAGAUGAAAGAGUCGCACUAUCCGUGCAAACCUUUCUUUCUGUCCACUAUCUGAGACCCUUGAAAGUUGAAGAUUGUUGGUCUUUACUUGCCGAACACGCAUUUGGAGCACAUAACUACCAACAACGAUCCUAUCUAGAAGAAGUUGGCACAUUUAAAAAAGAAAUUGUCAGAAAAAUUGCAAAAGAGUGUGAUGGAUUACCAUUAGCCGCGGUAGAACAUGGGGCUCUUCUUCGCAUCUCAGUAAACCCAUAUGAUUGGAAUUAUGUGCUAGAAAGUCACUUUCAGGUAACAACUUAUGAGGUGCUAGCUUCUCUCGAAUUGAGCUACAAUUUCCUUUCUUUUCCUUUAAAACGGUGUUUUCAAUAUUGUUCAAUUUUUCCGAAGAAGUCCGUCUUAGAAAAAAAGAUGGUAGUUCAGUUGUGGAUUGCAGCAGGCUUACUUGAAUCAUCUUCCACAGAUCAAGAAAAAGUUGGAGAAGAAUACUUUGAUGAACUAGUGUCAAGGUCAUUGAUACAUCGACAAUCUAUUGGUGAUGAGGAAGGAAACUUUGGAAUGCACAACUUCAUCCAUGAUCUAGCUACAGAGGUUUCAUCUCCAUACCGUAUCAAUAUGCACAAACAUAACCUACAUGGUAGGAUGCAGAAUUUUUCAUACAACAGAGAGACAUAUGAUUCAUAUGGCAAAUUUGAUAAAUUAUACGGAUUAAAUGGUUUGCGUACCUUUCUAGCAUUCCCAUUACAAGAACAAUUGCCUCUUUGUUUGCUAUCUAACAAGGUAGUACAUGACUUGCUGCCAACAAUGAAACAAUUACGCAUGUUGUCUCUGUCAAGCUACAAGAGUAUCACCGAGGUUCCCAAUUCUAUUGGAAAUUUGUUAGACAUGCGAUACUUAAAUCUUUCUCACACUAAUAUUGAAAGGCUGCCUACUGAAAUAUGCAAGCUUUACCAUCUGCAGUUUUUGUUGUUGGCAGGCUGUAAAAGGUUCACUGAAUUGCCGGAGGACAUGGGAAAAUUGAUCAAUCUGCGCCACCUUGACGUUAGUAACACCGCAUUGAGGGACAUGCCCGCACAAAUAGCCAAACUAGAAAAUCUCCACACUUUGUCUGACUUUGUUGUCAGCAAACAUAAUAGUGGAUUGAAUAUUGCAAAGCUAGGAAAACUUCUCCACCUACACAGAAAACUUUCAAUCUCACAUCUACAAAAUGUUAAUCACCCCUUUGAAGUAGAUCGAGCCAACAUAAAGAUGAAAGAACAAAUAGACGAAUUAGUCUUGGAAUGGGAUUGUGGUAGUACCUUUUUACAUUCACAAAGUCAAAGUGUUGUACUUGAAAAGUUGCGACCCUCAACAAAUUUGAAAAGUCUCACCAUCAAAGGCUAUGGUGGAAUCAGCUUUCCAAAUUGGUUAGGUGAUUUUUCAUUUAGCAACAUGGUGUAUUUAAGGAUCUCGAAUUGUAAUGAUUGUUUAUGGCUUCCACCCCUUGGACAAUUGAGUAAUCUGAAAGAACUCAUUAUUGAAGGGAUGCAAUCAGUGGAGACAAUUGGUAUUGAGUUCUAUGGAAGUGGUGGUUCUUCAUUUCAACCAUUUCCCUCUUUGGAGAUUCUACACUUUGAGAAUAUGCAAGAGUGGGAGGAAUGGGACUUGAUUGGAGGUACGACUACAACGUUUCCUAGUCUAAAAACUUUAUCGCUUAGUAAGUGCCCGAAACUGAUAGUAGGAAACAUAAUUGACAAAUUUCCUUCCUUAACUGAACUUGAGUUAAGUGAAUGUCUUUUACUGGUUCAAUCAAUGCCAUUAUCUGAUCAUGUAUUUCGGCAACUGAUGUUCCCUUUGAACUCUCUUCAACAGCUCACCAUAGACGGCAUUCCAUCUUCAAUGUCUUUUCCAACAGAUGGUUUGCCAAAAACCUUGAAACUUCUCAUAAUCAGUAAUUGUGAGAAUCUAGAAUUCCUUCCUCACGACUAUUUGCAUAAUUAUACAUUGCUUGAGGAAUUGAAAAUAUCUUAUAGUUGUAAUUCAAUGAUAUCAUUUACCUUAGGCACUCUCCCUGUCCUCAAGAGUCUGUUCAUUGAGGGUUGUAUAAAUCUGAAAUCAAUAUUAAUUGCAGAAGACGAGUCGGAAAAGAGUCUCUCAUUUCUUAGAAGCAUCAAAAUAUGGGAUUGUAAUAAACUGGAGUCAUUUUCCCCAGGUGAAUUGGCAACUCCAAAUCUCCUUUAUAUUGCACUGUGGAAGUGUGAGAAGCUUCAUUCACUGCCAGAAGCAAUGAACAGUCUGGCUAGCCUUCAAGAAAUGGAAAUCGAUAAUCUACCAAAUCUUCAAUCUUUUGUCAUAGAUGAGUUGCCUAGCCGUUUACAGAAACUAUCUGUUGGCUCUGUUGGUGGGAUUAUAUGGGAUACUGAGCCAACUUGGGAACACCUCACUUGUCUCUCGGAGUUGCGAAUUAACGGCAAUGACAUAGUGAACACGCUGAUGGGACCAUUGCUACCUACAUCGCUUGUGACACUAUGCAUUUGUGGUCUUAAUGAUACAAGCAUGGAUGAGAAGUGGCUUCAACACCUCACUUCUCUCCAAAACCUUGAGAUUAUUAACGCUCCCAAACUCAAGUCGUUGCCAAAGAAAGGAUUUCCUUCCUCUCUUUCAGUACUAAGUGUGACUCGCUGUCCAUUACUGGAAGCAAGUUUACGGAAAAAGCGGGGGAAAGAGUGGCGUAAGAUUGCUCACAUUCCCUCCAUAAUUAUUGAUGACGAAUUGAUCACAUGAGUCUUUUCCGGGAUAUAGAAAGGAGAUGACUGCUGGAGUAUCUACGACGAGCAACAAUUAUCUGUCAGAUUUGAUUUUGCAGCAACUGCUUUCACAUAGAACACUGGAUGCAGUAGAGAGGAUCCAUACUCAUAAGAAUAAAAAGAGGAUAGGUUGCAUUUUGUUGUGCAUAUAUUGAUUUGAGAGACAUAAUCUCAUGAGUUGUAAAUAACAUUGAUGUCACUUUGUAUAUCAUAGUGAUCCUCAUCACAAAUUUGAUACCGGACAUGUUUUAGCAAGUAAAGCUACGAUAGCAAGAAAACCCCAAUUUCCAUCUUGACCCACAUCAACAAGUAUUCUAUGUAUUGAUGUAAGAAAACAGGAAACUUAGACAAGUAAAGAAGUUUUUAAGAGUGACUA